CGCCUCGGGCAGGGUAGCCAGCGGCUGCAUCUGAGGCGGACGCCGCAGUGUAGGGCACACCCUGAGGGUAGCGAGAGACGUGACAGGACCGAGCAGCUGGGGGCUGCAGCCUGCUGUGUCCCCACCGAUCCCAGAGAGAGGCUGUGAGUCUGGAUCUGGGCGUUCGCACCCUGAGAGAGGGGGUCAAAGCUCCCCUGCGGCCCCGAGGAAGAAGAGCAAGGUUGAGGACCGCCUCGGGUCACCAGAGUAGUUUGGAGGCAGGCCUGCAGGCGCGUCCCCGCUCCUCAGCUCCAAGCUGACGUAUCUACACCUGCCGGCGGGCAUUAAGAUGGCUGGUUAUGCCACUACUCCCAGCCCCAUGCAGACCCUUCAGGAGGAAGCGGUGUGUGCCAUCUGCUUGGAUUACUUCAAGGACCCCGUGUCCAUCAGCUGCGGGCACAACUUCUGCCGAGGGUGUGUGACCCAGCUGUGGGGUAAGGAGGACGAGGAGGAAGAUGAAUGGGAGGAGGAGGAGGACGAGGAGGCGGUGGGGGCCGUGGAUGGAUGGGACGGCUCCAUUCGAGAGGUGUCGUAUCGGGGGAAUGCUGACGAAGAGUUGUUCCAAGACCAAGAUGACGAUGAACUCUGGCUCGGUGACAGUGGUAGAACUAAUUGGGACAACGUAGACUAUAUGUGGGACGAGGAGGAAGAAGAAGAGGAAGAUCAGGACUGUUACCUAGGAGGCUUGAGACCUGACCUGAGGAUUGAUGUCUACCGAGAAGAAGAAGAAACACUGGAAGCAUACGAUGAGGACGAAGAUGAAGAGCUGUAUCCUGACAUCCACCCGCCUCCUUCCUUGCCCCUUCCAGGGCAGUUCACCUGCCCCCAGUGCCGAAAGAGCUUUACACGUCGCAGCUUUCGUCCCAACUUGCAGCUGGCCAACAUGGUCCAGAUAAUUCGCCAGAUGUGCCCCACUCCUUAUCGGGGAAACCGGAGUAAUGAUCAGGGCAUGUGCUUUAAACACCAGGAAGCCCUGAAACUCUUCUGUGAGGUGGACAAAGAGGCCAUCUGUGUGGUGUGCCGAGAAUCCAGGAGCCACAAACAGCACAGCGUGCUGCCUUUGGAGGAGGUGGUUCAGGAGUACCAGUGAGCCCUGGGCACUGUGGUGUCUCCAGUCCCCACCCCAGGUCAGGAGGCCAGCUUGGUCUAGGAGGAGAGGCUGGACUUUGGAGGGUUUUUCUGGCAUUGUCUGCCCAGCUGCUCCAAGCCAGGCUGAUGAAGGAGGAGUCCCCUGUGGUGAGCUGGAGGUUGUAGCCUGAAGAUGGCACAGCUCUGUGAUUCAUCUCCUGCGGUUGUGGCGGCCACGGUGAUGGAGACUGCAGCUCAACAGGAGUGGUAGGAGGGUACCCGUGGAGGCCAAGUAGUAGGAGCCUUGGAGGGUGACAUAUUUUUCUUAAUGCUCCCCACACAUGGGAUCUGAGCCAGCUGAGCCCUGAAACCUCCCAGGCUGAGAACGUAGUGUGGCACUUCACAUGAGACUGCGCAGAAGUCGAUACAACUGGCAUGUUAGCCACAGGAACUCUGCCAAGCGUUCGGGAAUAGAAGGGGUGGACAGGACCCCACCUGCUUUUCCUAAUCUCAUGGGUAUCAGGCACCAGGCAGCCUUGCCCCUGGAAUGGAGACAUCUCAGGUCUGAAGGCCAGAAUUCUACAGUAAGUCCUACUGAGUCAAGGUGGGAGCAGGGUCGGUGGCCUCCGAAGCUCUGAGGGAGAAUCCGUUUCCUGGCCGUAGAGGUGGCCUGCACUCCUCAGCUUGUGCUGCCCGUCUCGAAUGACUGGAGUUUCCUGCUUCUGUCACUACACCUCCCACCCUCUCCAUCACCUGCUCUGCUCUUACAAGGAUCCGAAGAAAUGGAAUCAUAUCGCUGAUCUACGUAAACAAAUUGAAGAAUUGUCUGAAAGAAAAUAUGGGAUUGGUGUCAAUCAAAGACAAAUCACAACAAGUGAUUGUCCAGGGUGUCCAUGAGCUCUAUGAUCUGGAGGAGACUCCAGUGAGCUGGAAGGAUGACACUGAGAGAACAAAUCGAUUGGUCCUCCUUGGCAGAAAUUUAGAUAAGGAUAUCCUUAAACAGCUGUUUAUAGCUACUGUGACAGAAACAGAAAAGCAGUGGACAACACAUUUCAAAGAAGAUCAAGUUUGUGCUGUUGUAGGAGCAAGGGAUACAAUGAUGAUCAAGGCAGAUGCAGCCCUUACCUUCAGGUCGUGGAGUCCGGAUACAGACUGGAGGCAGGCAGCUGUAAGAUGUGUGACAAAUGCUGCGCUGGAUCAGCCCAUGGUAUUAGGAGAGCAGGCUCCGGUAGACUGCAAAUGACCUGCUUUCUUUCCGCUCCCGGGUUGCUUUCGGACACCUGUCGAAUAGGAAAUCCCAAGUAAGCUACCUGCGGUCGUCGGCAGAUCUGAGUUUUCUUCUUGGACACCUAAUACCCACAGCCCUCCAGGCUCCGGUAGAUUGCAAAUGACCUGCUUUCUUUGGGAUCCCGGGUUGCUUUCGGACACCUGUCGAAUAGGAAAUCCCAAGUAAGCUACCUGCGGUCGUCAGCAGAUCUGAGUUUUCUUCCUGGACACCUAAUACCCACAGCCCUCCAGAGACCGAGAGGUUGAUGUCACUCCCAAUAUCGGAGGAAGUAUACACCCCCGUGUGAGAUGUUCCUUAAUGAUAUUCCACGGCGGAGGGGUUGAUAUGACUACAUACAUGGCAGAAAGUGGAAACCCCCCAGGGAUAUUAUUCCCACGAUCCUGGAGGGAAGAAGAUGAUGUUACUUUCAAUAUGACAGAAGGUGGAUGAAGUGGUGGACUGCCCCUCCACACCUGUGGACACGCCCCCACUGAUAUUCCCUGUAAUUGCAGCGUGGGAGAGGAGGAUAUGACACGCCAUAUCGCAGGGAGCAGAAACACCCCUGUGUUACUGUUCUUCAUAUUCAGGGAGGAAGAGGAUGAUAUUACUCCCAAUACAGACGGGUGUACACCCUCUGUACACCGAGGGUGUACACCCGUCUGUGAAAGAGUUCGUAAUCUCCAGAGGGGGAGAUGAUAUUACUCACAAUAUGGUAAAGAGGCUGUGAGUCCUCGGAGGAUCCUCAGAGCCAGCGGGGGAAGAGGGGCUGGCUCUGAGACCCCGCCUCGCUGGGGGUGCCUCCCCCCACUGCGAUGGGGGUCCUAAGAGACAGUGGGGGAAGAGGGGCUGGCUCUGAGACCCCGCCUCGCGGGGGUUGCCUCCCCCCCUGCGAUGGGGGUCCUAAGGGCCAGUGGGGGAAGAGGGGCUGGGUCUGAGACCCCGCCUCACGGGGGGUGCCUCCCCACCCUGCGAUGGGGGUCCUAAGGGCCAGUGGGGGAAGAGGGGCUGGCUCUGAGUACCCGCCUCACGGGGGGUGCCUCACCCCCCUGCGACGGGGGUCCUAAGGGCCAGUGGGGGAAGAGGGGCUGGCUCAGAGACACCGCCUCGCGAGGGGUGCCUCCCCCCCCGCGAUGGGGUUCCAAAGGGCCAGUGGGGGAAGAGGGGCUGGCUCUGAGACCGCGCCUCACGGGGGGUGCCUCCCCCCCUGUGAUGGGGGUCCUAAGAGCCAGGAGCAGAAGAGGGGAUGGCUCUCUGUACCCGCCUCGCGGGGGGUGCCUCACCCCCCCCGUGAUGGGGGUCCUAAGAGCCAGAAGGCUUAGAGGGGCUGGCUCUCAGUCCCCGCCUCGUGGGGGGUGCCUCCUCCCCCUGCGAUGGGGGUCCUAAAUGCCAGUGGGGAAAGAGGGGCUCGCUCUGAGACCCCGCCUCGCUGUGGGUGCCUCCCCCCACUGCGAUGGGGGUCCUAAGGGCCAGUGGGGAAAGAGGGGCUGGCUCUCAGUCCCCGCCUCGUGGGGGGUGCCUCCUCCUCCUGCGACGGGGGUCCUAAAUGCCAGUGGGGAAAGAGGGGCUCGCUCUGAGACCCCGCCUCGCUGGGGAUGCCUCCUCCCCCUGCGAUGGGGUUCCUAAGAGCCAGGGGGGGAAGAGGGGCUGGCUCUCAGUCCCCGCCGCGCGGUGGGGUGCCUCCCCCCCUCGUGAUACGGAUCCUAAGAGCCAGGGGGGGAACAGGGGGAGAGGAUGAUAAUUUCAGCAUCGCAGGCUGUGUUCACCCAGCCUGUUAAAUUGUUAUUAGUAUCCUGAAAGGGAGAGGAUGAUAUUACUCCCCAUAACAGACAGAUAUGACUCCCCAUCGUAGAGCACGAGGUGUACACCCGCCCUGUGAUUUUCUUCCUCAUAUUCAGAGACCGAGAGGUUGAUGUCACUCCCAAUAUCGGAGGAAGUAUACACCCCCGUGUGAGAUGUUCCUUAAUGAUAUUCCACGGCGGAGGGGGUGAUAUGACUACAUACAUGGCAGAAAGUGGAAACCCCCCAGGGAUAUUAUUCCCACGAUCCUGGAGGGAAGAAGAUGAUGUUACUUUCAAUAUGACAGAAGGUGGAUGAAGUGGUGGACUGCCCCUCCACACCUGUGGACACGCCCCCACUGAUAUUCCCUGUAAUUGCAGCGUGGGAGACGAGGAUAUGACACGCCAUAUCGCAGGGAGCAGAAACACCCCUGUGUUACUGUUCUUCAUAUUCAGGGAGGAAGAGGAUGAUAUUACUCCCAAUACAGACGGGUGUACACCCUCUGUACACCGAGGGUGUACACCCGUCUGUGAAAGAGUUCGUAAUCUCCAGAGGGGGAGAUGAUAUUACUCACAAUAUGGUAAAGAGGCUGUGAGUCCACGGAGGAUCCUCAGAGCCAGCGGGGGAAGAGAGGCUGGCUCUGAGACCCCGCCUCGCUGUAGGUGCCUCCCCCCACUGCGAUGGGGGUCCUAAGGGCCAGUGGGGGAAGAGGGGCUGGGUCUGAGACCCCGCCUCACGGGGGGUGCCUCCCCACCCUGCGAUGGGGGUCCUAAGGGCCAGUGGGGGAAGAGGGGCUGGCUCUGAGUACCCGCCUCACGGGGGGUGCCUCCCCACCCUGCGACGGGGGUCCUAAGGGCCAGUGGGGGAAGAGGGGCUGGCUCAGAGACACCGCCUCGCGAGGGGUGCCUCCCCCCCCGCGAUGGGGUUCCAAAGGGCCAGUGGGGGAAGAGGGGCUGGCUCUGAGACCGCGCCUCACGGGGGGUGCCUCCCCCCCUGUGAUGGGGGUCCUAAGAGCCAGGAGCAGAAGAGGGGAUGGCUCUCUGUACCCGCCUCGCGGGGGGUGCCUCACCCCCCCCGUGAUGGGGGUCCUAAGAGCCAGAAGGCUUAGAGGGGCUGGCUCUCAGUCCCCGCCUCGUGGGGGGUGCCUCCUCCCCCUGCGAUGGGGGUCCUAAAUGCCAGUGGGGAAAGAGGGGCUCGCUCUGAGACCCCGCCUCGCUGUGGGUGCCUCCCCCCACUGCGAUGGGGGUCCUAAGGGCCAGUGGGGAAAGAGGGGCUGGCUCUCAGUCCCCGCCUCGUGGGGGGUGCCUCCUCCUCCUGCGACGGGGGUCCUAAAUGCCAGUGGGGAAAGAGGGGCUCGCUCUGAGACCCCGCCUCGCUGGGGAUGCCUCCUCCCCCUGCGAUGGGGUUCCUAAGAGCCAGGGGGGGAAGAGGGGCUGGCUCUCAGUCCCCGCCGCGCGGUGGGGUGCCUCCCCCCCUCGUGAUACGGAUCCUAAGAGCCAGGGGGGGAACAGGGGGAGAGGAUGAUAAUUUCAGCAUCGCAGGCUGUGUUCACCCAGCCUGUUAAAUUGUUAUUAGUAUCCUGAAAGGGAGAGGAUGAUAUUACUCCCCAUAACAGACAGAUAUGACUCCCCAUCGUAGAGCACGAGGUGUACACCCGCCCUGUGAUUUUCUUCCUCAUAUUCAGAGACCGAGAGGUUGAUGUCACUCCCAAUAUCGGAGGAAGUAUACACCCCCGUGUGAGAUGUUCCUUAAUGAUAUUCCACGGCGGAGGGGGUGAUAUGACUACAUACAUGGCAGAAAGUGGAAACCCCCCAGGGAUAUUAUUCCCACGAUCCUGGAGGGAAGAAGAUGAUGUUACUUUCAAUAUGACAGAAGGUGGAUGAAGUGGUGGACUGCCCCUCCACACCUGUGGACACGCCCCCACUGAUAUUCCCUCUAAUUGCAGCGUGGGAGACGAGGAUAUGACACGCCAUAUCGCAGGGAGCAGAAACACCCCUGUGUUACUGUUCUUCAUAUUCAGGGAGGAAGAGGAUGAUAUUACUCCCAAUACAGACGGGUGUACACCCUCUGUACACCGAGGGUGUACACCCGUCUGUGAAAGAGUUCGUAAUCUCCAGAGGGGGAGAUGAUAUUACUCACAAUAUGGUAAAGAGGCUGUGAGUCCACGGAGGAUCCUCAGAGCCAGCGGGGGAAGAGAGGCUGGCUCUGAGACCCCGCCUCGCUAGACCGAGAGGUUGUUGUCACUCCCAAUAUCAGAGGAAGUAUACACCCCCGUGUGAGAUGUUCCUUAAUGAUAUUCCACGGCGGAUGGGGUGAUAUGACUACAUACAUGGCAGAAAGUGGAAACCCCCCAGGGAUAUUAUUCCCACGAUCCUGGAGGGAAGAAGAUGAUGUUACUUUCAAUAUGACAGAAGGUGGAUGAAGUGGUGGACUGCCCCUCCACACCUGUGGACACGCCCCCACUGAUAUUCCCUGUAAUUGCAGCGUGGGAGAGGAGGAUAUGACACGCCAUAUCGCAGGGAGCAGAAACACCCCUGUGUUACUGUUCUUCAUAUUCAGGGAGGAAGAGGAUGAUAUUACUCCCAAUACAGACGGGUGUACACCCUCUGUACACCGAGGGUGUACACCCAUGUGUGAAAGAGUUCGUAAUCUCCAGAGGGGGAGAUGAUAUUACUCACAAUAUGGUAAAGAGGCUGUGAGUCCACGGAGGAUCCUCAGAGCCAGCGGGGGAAGAGGGGCUGGCUCUGAGACCCCGCCUCGCUAGACCGAGAGGUUGUUGUCACUCCCAAUAUCAGAGGAAGUAUACACCCCCGUGUGAGAUGUUCCUUAAUGAUAUUCCACGGCGGAGGGGGUGAUAUGACUACAUACAUGGCAGAAAGUGGAAACCCCCCAGGGAUAUUAUUCCCACGAUCCUGGAGGGAAGAAGAUGAUGUUACUUUCAAUAUGACAGAAGGUGGAUGAAGUGGUGGACUGCCCCUCCACACCUGUGGACACGCCCCCACUGAUAUUCCCUGUAAUUGCAGCGUGGGAGAGGAGGAUAUGACACGCCAUAUCGCAGGGAGCAGAAACACCCCUGUGUUACUGUUCUUCAUAUUCAGGGAGGAAGAGGAUGAUAUUACUCCCAAUACAGACGGGUGUACACCCUCUGUACACCGAGGGUGUACACCCGUGUGUGAAAGAGUUCGUAAUCUCCAGAGGGGGAGAUGAUAUUACUCACAAUAUGGUAAAGAGGCUGUGAGUCCACGGAGGAUCCUCAGAGCCAGCGGGGGAAGAGGGGCUGGCUCUGAGACCCCGCCUCGCUGUAGGUGCCUCCCCCCACUGCGAUGGGGGUCCUAAGAGACAGUGGGGGAAGAGGGGCUGGCUCUGAGACCCCGCGUCACGGGGGUUGCCUCCCCCCCUGCGAUGGGGGUCCUAAGGGCCAGUGGGGGAAGAGGGGCUGACUCUGAGAACCCGCCUCACGGGGGGUGCCUCCCCACCCUGCGAUGGGGGUCCUAAGGGCCAGUGGGGGAAGAGGGGCUGGCUCUGAGUACCCGCCUCACGGGGGGUGCCUCCCCCCCCUGCGACGGGGGUCCUAAGGGCCAGUGGGGGAAGAGGGGCUGGCUCAGAGACACCGCCUCGCGAGGGGUGCCUCCCCCCCCUGCGAUGGGGUUCCUAAGGGCCAGUGGGGGAAGAGGGGCUGGCUCUGAGACCCCGCCUCACGGGGGGUGCCUCCCCCCCUGUGAUGGGGGUCCUAAGAGCCAGGAGCAGAAGAGGGGCUGGCUGUCUGUACCCGCCUCGCGGGGGGUGCCUCCCCCACCCCGUGAUGGGGGUCCUAAGAGCCAGAAGGCUUAGAGGGGCUGGCUCUCAGUCCCCGCCUCGUGGGGGGUGCCUCCUCCCCCUGCGAUGGGGGUCCUAAAUGCCAGUGGGGAAAGAGGGGCUCGCUCUGAGACCCGCCUCGCUCGGGAUGCCUCCUCCCCCUGCGAUGGGGUUCCUAAGAGCCAGGGGGGGAAGAGGGGCUGGCUCUCAGUCCCCGCCGUGCGGGGGGUGCUUCCCCCCUCGUGAUACGGAUCCUAAGAGCCAGGGGGGGAACAUGGGGAGAGGAUGAUAAUUUCAGCAUCGCAGGCUGUGUUCACCCAGCCUGUUAAAUUGUUAUUAGUAUCCUGAAAGGGAGAGGAUGAUAUUACUCCCCAUAACAGACAGAUAUGACUCCCCAUCGUAGAGCACGAGGUGUACACCCGCCCUGUGAUUUUCUUCCUCAUAUUCAGAGACCGAGAGGUUGAUGUCACUCCCAAUAUCGGAAGAAGUAUACACCCCCGUGUGAGAUGUUCCUUAAUGAUAUUCCACGGCGGAGGGGGUGAUAUGACUACAUACAUGGCAGAAAGUGGAAACCCCCCAGGGAUAUUAUUCCCACGAUCCUGGAGGGAAGAAGAUGAUGUUACUUUCAAUAUGACAGAAGGUGGAUGAAGUGGUGGACUGCCCCUCCACACCUGUGGACACGCCCCCACUGAUAUUCCCUGUAAUUGCAGCGUGGGAGAGGAGGAUAUGACACGCCAUAUCGCAGGGAGCAGAAACACCCCUGUGUUACUGUUCUUCAUAUUCAGGGAGGAAGAGGAUGAUAUUACUCCCAAUACAGACGGGUGUACACCCUCUGUACACCGAGGGUGUACACCCGUGUGUGAAAGAGUUCGUAAUCUCCAGAGGGGGAGAUGAUAUUACUCACAAUAUGGUAAAGAGGCUGUGAGUCCUCGGAGGAUCCUCAGAGCCAGCGGGGGAAGAGGGGCUGGCUCUGAGACCCCGCCUCGCUGGGGGUGCCUCCCCCCACUGCGAUGGGGGUCCUAAGAGACAGUGGGGGAAGAGGGGCUGGCUCUGAGACCCCGCCUCGCGGGGGUUGCCUCCCCCCCUGCGAUGGGGGUCCUAAGGGCCAGUGGGGGAAGAGGGGCUGGGUCUGAGACCCCGCCUCACGGGGGGUGCCUCCCCACCCUGCGAUGGGGGUCCUAAGGGCCAGUGGGGGAAGAGGGGCUGGCUCUGAGUACCCGCCUCACGGGGGGUGCCUCACCCCCCUGCGACGGGGGUCCUAAGGGCCAGUGGGGGAAGAGGGGCUGGCUCAGAGACACCGCCUCGCGAGGGGUGCCUCCCCCCCCGCGAUGGGGUUCCAAAGGGCCAGUGGGGGAAGAGGGGCUGGCUCUGAGACCGCGCCUCACGGGGGGUGCCUCCCCCCCUGUGAUGGGGGUCCUAAGAGCCAGGAGCAGAAGAGGGGAUGGCUCUCUGUACCCGCCUCGCGGGGGGUGCCUCACCCCCCCCGUGAUGGGGGUCCUAAGAGCCAGAAGGCUUAGAGGGGCUGGCUCUCAGUCCCCGCCUCGUGGGGGGUGCCUCCUCCCCCUGCGAUGGGGGUCCUAAAUGCCAGUGGGGAAAGAGGGGCUCGCUCUGAGACCCCGCCUCGCUGUGGGUGCCUCCCCCCACUGCGAUGGGGGUCCUAAGGGCCAGUGGGGAAAGAGGGGCUGGCUCUCAGUCCCCGCCUCGUGGGGGGUGCCUCCUCCUCCUGCGACGGGGGUCCUAAAUGCCAGUGGGGAAAGAGGGGCUCGCUCUGAGACCCCGCCUCGCUGGGGAUGCCUCCUCCCCCUGCGAUGGGGUUCCUAAGAGCCAGGGGGGGAAGAGGGGCUGGCUCUCAGUCCCCGCCGCGCGGUGGGGUGCCUCCCCCCCUCGUGAUACGGAUCCUAAGAGCCAGGGGGGGAACAGGGGGAGAGGAUGAUAAUUUCAGCAUCGCAGGCUGUGUUCACCCAGCCUGUUAAAUUGUUAUUAGUAUCCUGAAAGGGAGAGGAUGAUAUUACUCCCCAUAACAGACAGAUAUGACUCCCCAUCGUAGAGCACGAGGUGUACACCCGCCCUGUGAUUUUCUUCCUCAUAUUCAGAGACCGAGAGGUUGAUGUCACUCCCAAUAUCGGAGGAAGUAUACACCCCCGUGUGAGAUGUUCCUUAAUGAUAUUCCACGGCGGAGGGGGUGAUAUGACUACAUACAUGGCAGAAAGUGGAAACCCCCCAGGGAUAUUAUUCCCACGAUCCUGGAGGGAAGAAGAUGAUGUUACUUUCAAUAUGACAGAAGGUGGAUGAAGUGGUGGACUGCCCCUCCACACCUGUGGACACGCCCCCACUGAUAUUCCCUCUAAUUGCAGCGUGGGAGACGAGGAUAUGACACGCCAUAUCGCAGGGAGCAGAAACACCCCUGUGUUACUGUUCUUCAUAUUCAGGGAGGAAGAGGAUGAUAUUACUCCCAAUACAGACGGGUGUACACCCUCUGUACACCGAGGGUGUACACCCGUCUGUGAAAGAGUUCGUAAUCUCCAGAGGGGGAGAUGAUAUUACUCACAAUAUGGUAAAGAGGCUGUGAGUCCACGGAGGAUCCUCAGAGCCAGCGGGGGAAGAGAGGCUGGCUCUGAGACCCCGCCUCGCUAGACCGAGAGGUUGUUGUCACUCCCAAUAUCAGAGGAAGUAUACACCCCCGUGUGAGAUGUUCCUUAAUGAUAUUCCACGGCGGAUGGGGUGAUAUGACUACAUACAUGGCAGAAAGUGGAAACCCCCCAGGGAUAUUAUUCCCACGAUCCUGGAGGGAAGAAGAUGAUGUUACUUUCAAUAUGACAGAAGGUGGAUGAAGUGGUGGACUGCCCCUCCACACCUGUGGACACGCCCCCACUGAUAUUCCCUGUAAUUGCAGCGUGGGAGAGGAGGAUAUGACACGCCAUAUCGCAGGGAGCAGAAACACCCCUGUGUUACUGUUCUUCAUAUUCAGGGAGGAAGAGAAUGAUAUUACUCCCAAUACAGACAGGUGUACACCCUCUGUACACCGAGGGUGUACACCCGUGUGUGAAAGAGUUCGUAAUCUCCAGAGGGGGAGAUGAUAUUACUCACAAUAUGGUAAAGAGGCUGUGAGUCCACGGAGGAUCCUCAGAGCCAGCGGGGGAAGAGGGGCUGGCUCUGAGACCCCGCCUCGCUGGGGGUGCCUCCCCCCACUGCGAUGGGGGUCCUAAGAGACAGUGGGGGAAGAGGGGCUGGCUCUCAGACCCCGCCUCGCGGGGGGUGCCUCCCCACCCUGCGAUGGGGGUCCUAAGGGCCAGUGGGGGAAGAAGGGCUGGCUCUGAGAACCCGCCUCACGGGGGUGCCUCCCCCCACUGCGAUGGGGGUCCUAAGGGCUAGUGGGGGAAGAGGGGCUGGCUCAGAGACCCGGCCUCGCGGGGGAUGCCUCCCCCCCUGCGAUGGCGGUCCUAAGGGCCACUGGGGGAAGAGGGGCUGGCUCUGAGUACCCGCCUCACGGGGGGUGCCUCCCCCCCCUGCGACGGGGGUCCUAAGGGCCAGUGGGGGAAGAGGGGCUGGCUCAGAGACACCGCCUCGCGAGGGGUGCCUCCCCCCCCUGCGAUGGGGUUCCUAAGGGCCAGUGGGGGAAGAGGGGCUGGCUCUGAGACCCCGCCUCGCGGGGGUUGCCUCCCCCCCUGUGAUGGGGGUCCUAAGAGCCAGGAGCAGAAGAGGGGCUGGCUCUCUGUACCCGCCUCGCGGGGGGUGCCUUCCCCCCCCCGUGAUGGGGGUCCUAAGAGCCAGAAGGCUUAGAGGGGCUGGCUCUCAGUCCCCGCCUCGUGGGGGGUGCCUCCUCCCCCUGCGAUGGCGGUCCUAAAUGCCAGUGGGGAAAGAGGGGCUCGCUCUGAGACCCCGCCUCGCUGGGGGUGCGUCCCCCCACUGCGAUGGGGGUCCUAAGGGCCAGUGGGGAAAGAGGGGCUCGCUCUCAGUCCCCACCUCGUGGGGGGUGCCUCCUCCUCCUGCGACGGGGGUCCUAAAUGCCAGUGGGGAAAGAGGGGCUCGCUCUGAGACCCCGCCUCGCUGGGGAUGCCUCCUCCCCCUGCGAUGGGGUUCCUAAGAGCCAGGGGGGGAAGAGGGGCUGGCUCUCAGUCCCCGCCUCGCGGGGGGUGCCUCCCCCCCUCUGAUGGGGGUCCUAAGAGCCAGGAGCAGAAGAGGUGCUGACUCUCUGUACCCGCCUCGCGGGGGGUGCCUCCCCCCCCCGUGAUGGGGGUCCUAAGAGCCAGAAGGCUUAGAGGGGCUGGCUCUCAGUCCCCGCCUCGUGGGGGCUGCCUCCUCCCCCUGCGACGGAGGUCCUAAAUGCCAGUAGGGAAAGAGGGGCUCGCUCUGAGACCCCGCCUCGCUGGGGGUGCCUCCUCCCCCUGCGAUGGGGGUCCUAAGAGCCAGUGGGGAAAGAGGGGCUGGCUCUCAGUCCCCGCCGCGCGGGGGGUGCCUCCCCCCCUCGUGAUACGGAUCCUAAGAGCCAGGGGGGAACAGGGGGAGAGGAUGAUAAUUUCAGCAUCGCAGGCUGUGUUCACCCAGCCUGUUAAAUUGUUAUUAGUAUCCUGAAAGGGAGAGGAUGAUAUUACUCCCCAUAACAGACAGAUAUGACUCCCCAUCGUAGAGCACGAGGUGUACACCCGCCCUGUGAUUUUCUUCCUCAUAUUCAGAGACCGAGAGGUUGAUGUCACUCCCAAUAUCGGAAGAAGUAUACACCCCCGUGUGAGAUGUUCCUUAAUGAUAUUCCACGGCGGAGGGGGUGAUAUGACUACAUACAUGGCAGAAAGUGGAAACCCCUCAGGGAUAUUAUUCCCAGGAUCCUGGAGGGAAGAAGAUGAUGUUACUUUCAAUAUGACAGAAGGUGGAUGAAGUGGUGGACUGCCCCUCCACACCUGUGGACACGCCCCCACUGAUAUUCCCUGUAAUUGCAGCGUGGGAGAGGAGGAUAUGACACGCCAUAUCGCAGGGAGCAGAAACACCCCUGUGUUACUGUUCUUCAUAUUCAGGGAGGAAGAGAAUGAUAUUACUCCCAAUACAGACAGGUGUACACCCUCUGUACACCGAGGGUGUACACCCGUGUGUGAAAGAGUUCGUAAUCUCCAGAGGGGGAGAUGAUAUUACUCACAAUAUGGUAAAGAGGCUGUGAGUCCACGGAGGAUCCUCAGAGCCAGCGGGGGAAGAGGGGCUGGCUCUGAGACCCCGCCUCGCUGGGGGUGCCUCCCCCCACUGCGAUGGGGGUCCUAAGAGACAGUGGGGGAAGAGGGGCUGGCUCUCAGACCCCGCCUCGCGGGGGGUGCCUCCCCACCCUGCGAUGGGGGUCCUAAGGGCCAGUGGGGGAAGAAGGGCUGGCUCUGAGAACCCGCCUCACGGGGGUGCCUCCCCCCACUGCGAUGGGGGUCCUAAGGGCUAGUGGGGGAAGAGGGGCUGGCUCAGAGACCCGGCCUCGCGGGGGAUGCCUCCCCCCCUGCGAUGGCGGUCCUAAGGGCCACUGGGGGAAGAGGGGUGGCUCUGAGACCCCGCCUCGCGGGGAGUGCCUCCCCCCUGCGAUGGGGGUCCUAAGAGCCAGUGGGGGAAGAGGGGCUGGCUCUCAGACCCCGCCUCGCGGGAGGUGCCUCCCCCCCCGCGAUGGGGGUCCUAAGAGCCAGUUGAGGAAGAGGGGCUGGCUCUCUGUACCCGUCUCCCGGGGGGUGCCUCCCCCCCCGUGAUGGGGGUCCUAAGAGCCAGAAGGCUUAGAUGUGCUGGCUCUCAGUCCCCGCCUCGUGGGGGGUGCCUCUUUCUCCUGCGAUGGGGUUCCUAAGAGCCAGUGGUGUAAGAGGGGCUGGCUCUGAGACCACGCCUCGCGAUGUGCCUCCCCACCUUGCGAUCGGGAUCCCAAGAGCCAGGGGGGAAGAGUGGCUGGCUCUCUCUGUGGAUGAUUCUUUUUCCAUUCUCAGUCAGUUUUCUUUUUUCUUUCUUUUUUUUUUGAGACUGAGUCUUUCUCUGUUGCCCAUGCCUUGCUGGAUCUCGGGUGACUGCAACCACUGCCUCCCGCGUUCGAGAGAUUCUCCUGCCUCAGCCUCCUGAGUAGCUGGGACUAGAGCUGAGUGCCACUUGCUGACAUCACUAAGAUCAAUACAGCAAACUCUGAAAGAUGGAUAGAGAGACAGGAGAUGGUCCUUUAUAAUGCAGUGUGAUCUGUGCUGCAAUAGAGUUUUGGAAGCUAGAAGUUCAAAACGAGGUGUUGGCAGCACCAUGCUCUCUCUGAAGAUGCUAGGAAGAAUCUGCUCCAUGCCUUUCCAUUCGCUUCUGGGGUUUCCUGCAAGCCCUGACAUUCCUUGGCUUGUAGAUGCAUCACCCCAGUUUCCGCCCCCAUCAUCACAUGGCCUCCUCUCUGUUUGUGCCUCUGCGUUCCCUCUAUUCUUCUUCUAAGGACACCGACACCAGUCAUAGUGGAUUAAGGGUCCACUCCUAACUAAUCACAUCUGCAACAACCCUAUUUCCAAAUAAAGUCACAUUCUAAGA